AUGCCCGUCACCCGUCCCGGUUCUGCUUCGCCCUCACGUGGCCUCUCCCGGGCGGCGGAGCGCACGGGGGCGGAGCCGGGCUGCCGGGGAGGCGUGGGCCGCGGGCUCGCGCGCGCCGCACGUGCUGGUGGACCCCGCGCCGCCAGGACCAUCGUGGUGUAGCGCAGCGGGGACCCGUUCUACGUGGGCCGCAAGUUCGUGCUGUCGCGGCGCCGCGGGGCCACCUUCGAGGCGCUGCUGGAACAGCUGACGGAGCAGGUGGAGGUGCCCUUCGGCGCGCGGCGCCUCUUCACGCCGACGCGCGGGCGCCCGGUGAGCGAGCUGCACGCGCUGCAGGCCGGCGGCAAGUACGUGGCGGCCGGGCGCGAGCGCUUCCGGAAGCUGGAUUAUUUUAAUAUAGUUCUCAGCAAACCUGCAAAGAUGAGAAAGUUGAAGGAAAUCAGGCCGGUGGUGCAUUGUGACAUAGACGUGCCUUCCAGGUGGCAAACGUUCCAUCGUUUAUCCCGACAGAUCAAUGUUUUCACAAAUGGAAGAUUAUUUAUUCCACCCGUAAAGAUUAUUAUACCCAGAUUCAGCCUGACGGAGUGGAGCUGCGUGCUGGCCACGAUCGGAGAGGAGGUCUUUCCUCUGGGGGGCGUUCGAAAAUUAUUUACAAUGAGUGGACAUCUUCUGGACAACGCAGAGGAUUUGCAAGACAACCAUUUUUACGUCGCGACAGGACUGGAGGCCUUCAAGUAUUUCCCUUAGUGGAGGUCCCCAAAGGUUCCCAGCGAAGUCCGACAAAAGUACACAGACAUUGAGAAGUAUUCGCGAAGAAAGAAAAAAGAGGAUCCCAAGGUGAAAGAAACUCAUAAAUAUGACAACAUUCCACCCAAAGCACUGGAUUCUAUUUUUUACGCCAGAGAAGGAAAGAGGAGACCAAAGGCAGAACCUUUAAUCCAAAGCGGGGCAGACGGUGACGCGUAUAAAGCCCAGACUCCUAACAGGGAAACCCGAGAAGCACCAGAAGUUAAGGAGGCCCCGGACGUGCCUGUGGAGGUGCCUGUGGACCAGAAACCAGCCGAGAUAGUGAAAGAAGAGACACAUAGUCACAUGCCUAAUUUUGAAAGCAUCAAGCAUCCCAAGAACCGAUACCCGACAAACAAGGACCCCCUGAACAGCCAUCCCUGGGACAAGCAUCCCAAGAACCGAUACCCGACAAACAAGGACCCCCUGAACAGCCAUCCCUGGGACAAGCAUCCCAAGAACCGAUACCCGACAAACAAGGACCCCCUGAACAGCCAUCCCUGGGACAAGCAUCCCAAGAACCGAUACCCGACAAACAAGGACCCCCCUGAACAGCCAUCCUUGGGACAAGCAUCCCAAGAACAGAUACCCGACAAACAAGGACCCCCUGAACAGCCAUCCCUGGGACAAGCAUCCCAAGAACCGAUACCCGACAAACAAGGACCCCCUGAACAGCCAUCCCUGGGACAAGCAUCCCAAGAACCGAUAACCUGA